CGGUGAUAGUGUUAGCUAGCGGAAACAAUUCAUUGUAGGUUUGCUGCUCCCUAAUAAGUUUCACUUGCUCACAGCUCUUUGUCGAAAUCUUAAGAGCAAGUUUAGAUUUUCGAUACAAGAAGCUUUACUAUUUUGCUGUGCGAACAGUGAAGCUAACCGCAUUUGGUGCCAUAUCGUUGAAUGUAUCAUGUACAUCAAAUCCGGACAUCGUUUCCUCAGUGACAAAGGACAGAUUAUAUUCCCAGGACCUCCAACCAGAUCGCCAGCAAUAUAUUACCAAACUAGCACUACAGGCUCUUUCACGACUACGACCAGCACCACUAUGGCGACUGAAUCGGUCGUUACUGAUGAAAAUGGCAACUACAUUGUGUCCGAUAUGUGGCAGAGUAAAUCCAGUUCCGGUUCGGAUAUGCUCUCGGAUAAGAUUCAAAUGUUCUAUAUCUACAUCACUGUAACAAUUACUUCCGUGUUUAUCAUUGUUGUGCUGGCUAUCUUUGGAUACAUGUGCUAUAAAAGGAAGGGAUUCCAGAGCAUCGACAAUCCGGACACGUCGGUAGAGACCACUCGGCGUAGAAGUAGUGCACAUAGAACGACGCGCCGGUAUUCGCGCCAUGGUUCUAAGGAACGCGAAGCAACAUCAGCGACAACAGCAACCGCGAGCGUUGAAGACCAUCCUGGCCAAACAUUGUUACGUUGAGCGGUUAUUGAACGGUUGUUUGUGGUGUGUCAUAUUCUUUGCUACCAGUAAUCAUUACAAUAGCUUUUGGUGUAUUUUAUGCAGAAUAGAACUACGAUGUCCGAGCUACAGAAUAUUUUUUUCGAUCUAAUAAAAGUGUAGCCGUGACAUAGCAUUGUUACUUGCAGGUUUUUAUCCGUUCGGAAGGAAACACUUACGCUUAGCUGGUGUGCUCGUCGAUCCGAGGGUGGAAGUGUUGCCAAAGUUAAACGACAUGGUUCCUUAAUGAAAUGCAGGGAUAUAACCAAUAAAUUGAAGUUUAGUCAGCGUGUU